AUGGUUGGAGCAUGUGCCAAGUGCGGAAGCAAGGACCACACGGUUCAAAGUUGUCCGCGGAUUGAGCAAGGGCAGCUCAAGGUUAAAAAUGAGGAAAGAUCCUGUUUCUAUUGCGGAAAGGCCGGACAUUUCAAGAAGGAAUGUCCUAAGCUGCAAGCUGAAAUACGGAUGGAACAAAGAGGGAACCGUAGUGGGGACACACAGCAAGCCAAGAGACAGGCUGUGGCACCCCGGGGGUACGAGUUGUCCAAGGAAAUUGAUGAGGCCGGAAGUUACAGUGAGAUCACUGGGACCCUAGAGAUAGGCGGUGUGUCAACACACGUCUUAUUUGAUACCGGAGCUACACAUAGUUUUGUGAGCCCGGAAAUGAUAGGAAAAGGCAGGUUCUGUAAAGAACCUGGGAAAGACUAUGGGAUAGUCAAUGCUGCAGGUGGUCAGCGGACCUAG